AUGGCGUCUCCCUCCUCCUCGUCUUCCACUCGACCCCUCACGCUCCCCGAGAAGAUCUUGACGCACUGGGCCGUCGGUCUCUCGAAACCCGAAGUCUCCCCGGGUCAGAUGCUCUGCGUCAAGGCGCAGUGGACGCUCGCGUGCGAGAUCACGUGGAAGUCCAUGGACAAGACGUACCAGGACAUGGGGCGACCGCGUAUUUGGCGCAACGACCGCUUCUGGCUGGCAGUGGACCACACGGUGGAUCCACGUGUGAACCACAAACCGCAGCAGCAAAUGAUGAUCAAGGCGUCCGAGGACUUUGCCAAGGAGGCGGAGCUCACGAACUACCAGCCUCCGAACACGACCAUCUUGCACACGGAGUUCUACCGUCAACGGGCCCAGCCAGGCCAGAUUGUUGUUGGUGCUGACUCGCACUCGUGCAGUACGGGAGGUCUGGGAGCCUUUGCCAUUGGAUUGGGCGCCGCAGACGUCGUCAUGCCUCUUGUGACGGGUGAGACGUGGAUCAAAGUACCGGAGACGGUCCUCAUUGAGUUUGUUGGCACGCCGCCCAUGGGCAUGGGAGGCAAAGACGUGAUGCUGUAUACUUUGGGCCAGCUCAAGUGCAACACUGUGGCCAUUGGCCGCUGUGUCGAGUGGGGUGGCAACAUUGCUGCGCUGUCUUGUGAUGCGCGCUUUGCUAUCAGUAACAUGACGGCUGAGUUUGGUGGUAUUGCUGGUGUCUUCCCUGCUGACGAGAGCACGGCCGCGUACAUUUCCAAGCGCCCGGACCACAACCAAGACGCUCUCUACUUCCGUGCUGACAAAGAUGCACACUAUGUGGAGAAGUUCCAGAUUAAUUUGGACAACCUCGAGCCACAGGUGGCUCUGUUCCCGUCUCCUGACAAUGUCAAGCCCGUGUCGGCAGUCGUGGGCAUGAAACUUGAUGGAUGUUUCAUUGGCGCGUGUACCACGGCGGAAGAGGAUCUAGUGCUGGGUGCACUGGUGCUCGAAGUCUGUCUUAAGCAAGGCAUGAAGCCUGUUGCUCAGGGUCAGCGUCGUGUGACGCCUGGUAGCCAGAUUAUCGUGGACAACCUGAAGAAGCACGGCUUGAUUGAAGUGUACGAGAAGGCUGGGUUCACGGUUGGUGCCCCGGGAUGCAGUUUCUGUCUCGGUAUUGCUGCUGAUGUGGCUGGUGAGAACGAAGUGUGGCUUAGUAGUCAGAACCGUAACUACCGCAACCGCAUGGGCAAGGGAUCGAUUGCCAACCUUGCGUCGGCUAUCACGGUUGCUGCUUCCAGUUUCACAAUGGAAGUGACGGACCCUACUCCAUUCCUCAAGUUGAUUGACAAUGAGAAGUUUGACUCUGCGGUGCCUAAGCGACCUGCCGUGCCUAUCACCAUUGCCGAAGUAAAGCCAGAGCUGCCUGUGGCUACGUCUGAAGCGGGUGAUAACGCCGAUGCUGCGGCAGCUGCUGCUUUGGAGACGUUUUCAGGCUCCAUCAAGGGUCGUGUGCAGGUAUUCGGUGACAACAUCGAUACGGAUGCCAUUCUUCCGGGUGAGUUCUUGUGCGAGAACGACAUAAAGACUCUGGGUAAGGUUGCGUUUCUGUACACGAACCCAGACUUCCGUGACAAGGUGAAGCAGGGCCAGGACGUGAUUGUUGGUGGUCACGGCUUUGGCUGUGGUUCUUCGCGAGAGCAGGCUGUGACUGCUAUUAAGGGUGCUGGCGUGAAAGCAGUGAUUGCUCGUUCGUUUGGCUACAUCUUUUCGCGCAAUUACCAGAACUUCAGUCUGCUGGGCAUUCAGCUAGACGACGACCGUUUCUAUGAGCUGGCGAAGGAAAACGCAGACAUUACGGUCAACAUGACUGGACGCACGAUUGAGGUAGGAGGCGAGACUUUCCGGUUUAACAUGUCGCUGUUCGAGGAGCGCCUGCUUGCUGGAGGAGGCAUUAUGCCGCUGUACAAGAAGUUUGGCAACCGUCUUUUCCGUGUGGCAGUGCAGGACCCUGCAGCCGAUAAGGGCAGCUGCGGCAGCGGCGGUGGUUGCUCGACGAAGGAAGAGACGCCUGCGUCAGCUGGAAAGGAUAUCUCAUGGUAG